CACGCACACGCAGAGAAGUACACGAUAACACACGCACACACACUCACUCACUGUGAGCUGCUGCUGCGAUGAUCUGACUCGCAGUGAACUCUAACGAGUCUCAAUCUGGCACUGUAAGAUUCUUCACGAUCGAGAGACGUCCAGCCUUCAGUUUCAGACAGACAAACCUGCUCAGAAAGACUCUAGACGUUUCUCCUCGCUUUGAGGAAAAGACUCAAAUAUGUGAGCGACAGACCGGUUGCACUGUUCUCAGCUGCGUUUGUGUCUGUGCUCUUCCUGGUUCAUGAGUAAUCCGUCUAAACAGAUUCCUGUCUAAUCAAGCUGAUUGUGUAUGAAAUGCAGAAGCGGAGGAAUCCCUAAGGAGCUCAUGUCUGAUCUGAAGGAGCCGCAGGUGGAAGAGCGUCCCGUAAGACUCUGCCGUCUCACUCCUGCGCUGGCGAGCGAUGCGUGUGCCGAGCCGCUGAGCAUGUACGCGGCAGGCGGUAUGACGGAGUGUAAGGCGGAGGUGACUCCGUCGGCGAGGAACGGUCACCGUGUGUUCAGCUACACGCUGGAGAGCCACACAGCGGCUGCCUUCUCCAUCAUGAACGAGCUGCGGCUGGAGCGCCAGCUGUGUGACGUCACGCUGAGGGUCAAAUACAGCCAGCUGGACGCCGUGGACUUCGUGGCUCAUAAGGUGGUGCUGGCCUCGUCCUCGCCGGUGUUUCGCGCCAUGUUCACCAACGGCCUGAAGGAGUGCGGGAUGGAGGUGGUGCCCAUCGAGGGGAUCCACCCGAAGGUCAUGGGCCGGCUCAUCGAGUUUGCGUACACGGCGAGCAUCUCUGUGGGCGAGAAGUGUGUGAUUCACGUGAUGAACGGAGCCGUCAUGUACCAGAUCGACAGCGUGGUCAAGGCCUGCUGUGAUUUCCUCGUGCAGCAGCUCGACCCGAGCAACGCCAUCGGCAUCGCCAGCUUCGCCGAGCAGAUCGGCUGCACUGAGCUUCACCAGAAGGCCAGAGAGUACAUCUACAUGAACUUCAGUCAGGUGGCCACACAGGAGGAGUUCUUCAAUCUGUCUCACUGUCAGCUGGUGACGCUGAUCAGCCGUGACGAGCUGAACGUGCGCUGUGAGUCCGAGGUGUUUCACGCGUGUGUGGAGUGGGUUCAGUACGACCGGGAGAACCGGCGGCUGUAUGUGCAGGCUCUGCUGCAGGCGGUCCGCUGUCACUCGCUCACACCGCUGUUCCUGCAGCGCCAGCUCGAGCGCUUCGACUGGGACGCUCAGAGCAAAGACUACCUGUCGCAGAUCUUCCAGGACCUCACGCUGCACAAGCCCACUAAAGUCACCCCACUCCGGACGCCCAAGGUGCCGCAGCUCAUCUACACGGCUGGAGGAUACUUCCGGCAGUCGCUCAGCUAUCUGGAGGCGUUUAACCCCGGCUCCGGAGCCUGGCUGCGGCUGGCUGAUCUACAGGUGCCCCGCAGCGGAUUAGCAGCCUGUGUCAUCAGCGGCCUGCUGUACGCCGUGGGCGGCAGGAACAACGCUCCGGACGGAAACAUGGACUCCAGCAUGCUGGACUGUUACAACCCCAUGAACAACCGCUGGCUGCCCUGCGCGCCCAUGAGUGUCCCGCGCAACCGCAUCGGCGUGGGCGUCAUCGACGGCAUGAUCUACGCUGUGGGCGGCUCGCACGGCUGCGUCCAUCACAACAGCGUGGAGAGGUAUGAUCCAGAGAGAGACUGCUGGCAGCUGGUGGCGGCGAUGCUGACGCGGCGGAUCGGAGUCAGUGUAGCCGUGAUCAACCGGCUGCUGUAUGCGGUGGGAGGCUUCGACGGCACGCACCGGCUGAGCUCCGCUGAAUGCUACAACCCCGAGAGAGACGAGUGGAGGAGCAUCGCGUCCAUGAACACGGUCCGCAGUGGCGCAGGCGUGUGCGCUCUGGGGAACUACAUCUAUGUGAUGGGUGGAUACGACGGCACCCAUCAGCUGAACACCGUGGAGCGGUACGACGUGGAGACGGACGGCUGGAGCCUCAUCGCUUCCAUGAGACACAGACGCAGCGCUCUGGGAGUGACGGCGCACCACGCACGCAUUUACGUGCUCGGUGGGUAUGAUGGGAACACGUUCCUGGACAGUGUGGAGUGUUAUGACCCGGAAACAGACGCGUGGAGCGAGGUCAGCAACAUGACGUCCGGCCGCAGCGGUGUCGGCGUGGCUGUGACCAUGGAGCCGUGCCAGAAGGACCUGAGCCCGUGUCAGAAACACUAGACACACCUCCAUCUGUCUCUGCUCAUUAAAGAUCUCUCUCUCUCUCCCUCCCUCUCUCCCUCUCUCCCUCUCUUCCUCCCUCUCUCUCCCCCUCUCUCUUCCUCCCUCUCUUCCUCCCUCCCUCUCUCAGCCGGUGUCAUUAGCGCACAAUACAUCUGUUGUUCUGAUGAAGCUCAGUGCAUAUGAGAGUCUCCUGUGUGUUCUUCUCUUGAGUCGAGUCGAGUGAAGGUUAAGAAUCGAGCAGCAGAGCUACACGGGAUCGUCUGAGCUGAAUAAAGUGCCAUGAACCGCCGCCUCAGUAUGUGCUGGACUCCGACGCUUCACACCAGUUCAUCAGUGCAGUUUGACUCAGAUCAAGCUGUUCGGGUGAUUUUGUAUUUGUCUUUUUCAUGUCAGACGUCCAUCCCUCUUGAAGCUGAUGGUGAUUUUGUGUGAAACGAACUAAAGAUCCGCCUCAGAGCAGACAUACGAAAUCAUUUUUACUAACAGAAUGAGCUGUGAAGCGUUUGCAGAUUUAUCUAACUGAAUUCCAGCCUACAGACGCAUUUGAUGCCAACAUUGUUUUUCUCUGAAAUGAAAGAUGAUUUUCACAGGCUGAUGAAAUUAUGUAUUUGUAAAACCAAUUUAAGCUGCUUUUCCAGGGAUUUUGUACAUUGGUAUUGCAUGAAGUCUGUUUUUUCUUUUAUUUAUUUGAAAUAUUGUCCCUUUGCUAUUAGUGAUUCGCUCCUGUUUGUUCUCAAUGAACUGAACUCGGGCUCAUUUUUACAAAUUAUGCUUUUUGUUUCAAAAGGGAUGCGUUUUCCUUUGAAUCAUUCAAAAUUAAGUAUAAAGGUUUAUUUAAAGUCUGCCUUGUAUAUUUUACAGCAACGAAUACAUUGUACAAACGUUGUAUAUUAAAAGCGUAUGUUUCCUGCA